GGUUCGGGCUUCGACAGAAAUUUGGGUAAAUCUGAAACAGCUGAGUUUACACAACAACAGCUGAUCAGUGCUCUCAUCGGAAUGACACAAACCUACAUGCAGAGUUCAAUAUAAACCGUUGGGAGGUAACAACUCAUACUACGCCAAACCAUUUUGAAGGAUUCGUCUUAUCUCUUUUUGUGCUAGGAGUGCAUCCGCUGUAUUACACGCAACCCAGCUUUUUAACUGUUUAAAGAUGAGCUUCAGCACCGUCGCCCGUCUGGCCAGCCGUAGCAGCCAAGAAAAUGUUCUGGCCUCAAAUAGGAUGGAUUCAUCCCGGAUGGAGAGGGCCAAACAAAGGACUGUACUCGGCGUCUUAACAGAAAACGAACAGCACAGUCGAUCUUUUGGUCAGGGCGUUCCUUUUUCCAAGCGUGGCUCUAUUUCGGACAACUCCCACACCACUCUCCUGGGUUGUCCCUCAAGCUCUAGCGUUGACAUCUAUGUGGAUGAGCCAUGUGAGGUCGUCAUCCCAGCCUCUGGCGAACUUGUGGCUGCAGAGCCUCAGGUGGUGGAUGAGGAAGCUGCUGCCAUGCAACACAAAGAUUUCCGUCUCUUCCUGGACCUGAGCUCAGGGUCGUGCAUGGAUACUUCUAUGCAGUCACUCCCAGAUGACGAGUCUCUCACCUCUCAGUAUAUGUGUCUGGCAGAGUAUGCAGAUGACAUCCACAAACACUUACGGGAGAGUGAAAUAAAAUGCCGUCCGAAGCCUGGCUACAUGCGGAAGCAGCCGGACAUCACCAACUGCAUGCGUGUCAUCCUGGUGGACUGGCUGGUGGAGGUCGGCCAGGAGUACAAGCUGUGUGGGGAAACCAUCCACCUGGCUGUCAACUACAUGGACCGCUUCCUCUCCUGCAUGUCUGUACUCCGGGGCAAGCUGCAGCUGGUGGGCACCGCUGCCAUUCUGCUGGCUGCUAAAUAUGAGGAGAUCUACCCUCCGGAGGUGGAUGACUUUGUGUACAUCACAGAUGACACGUACACCAAGAAGCAGCUGCUUCGUAUGGAACACCUCCUGCUGAAAGUGCUGGCCUUCGACAUGACCGUCCCCACCACACACCAGUUCCUCUGCCAUUUCCUCACCGUCCAAGCAGUCUGCUUCAAGACUGAGAGCCUCGCCCUGUAUGUGGCAGAGCUGAGCAUGUUGGAAGUGGAUCCAUUCCUGCAGUACAUCCCCUCUAUGGUUGCGGCUGCAGCUUUCUGUCUGGCCAACUACACCCUCAACAGGUCCCUCUGGCCUGAGGCCUUGUACACCUUCACUGGCUACACCCUGGCAGAGAUUGCACCCUGCCUCAAGGACCUCCACAAGAUGUACCUAAGUGCCUCCAGUCGCCCCCAACAGGCCAUCAGGGAGAAGUACAAGGGCUCAAAGUUUGGCAAUGUGUCUCUGCUAAGUCCUCCCGAGGCUCUGCCUUUUUACUGAAGCUGCUUGGAAGUGACAGACAACACAGCUCUUAGCUCCCUCUGUAGAUGCCUACUGGACAAAUGGAUUUCUAUUGCUUUUAAGACUUUUUAAUUAAUUUUUAUCUUAAACACAUUUUAUUCUAGGUAGCUAGUUAUGUAUAGGUAGCUAUCAAGUAAACACAAUUGUAUAGUAACUUGUUUCUUGACUUCAAACUCUUGAAUGACUACUUUUAAGUGUGCUAGUCUGUAAGCUCAGGACUUGACCCAUGUCUGUACAAGCCUUUUUUUAAACGGGUGGUUGAAUGUUUUUAAUGUACCAAGUCAUUUUUGCUGUCAGUCACUGCCACACAAUCAUGGACCUCAGGCUGCAUCUUGUAUGUUGCAUCAUGUGAUUAAAGGAAACAAGUUGCAUAUA